UUCAUCCUUUCACUCCAAUUUCUUCAACUAAUUAUCUAUAUUGAAUUGAAAAGUGUGACUUCCUACCGAUUCUCGGUCAUUCUCAUUUCUCUCGUUCAUCUCGGGUAAUUAUAUCCGAGUCUAUUCUUCAUAUCCGGUCAUUCACUUCCCCUCAACUCUAUGAAAUGACUCAAUUCUUAUUCAAAAUUUUGUUGGUUUGCACAAUAAUCAAUGAAUUUUAUACACUGAACAUAUUAUUUUAUGUUCCCACAUUAUCCCAUAGUCAUAUCUCAUUCAAUACAAAAUUGGCUCAACUUCUUGCCACUUCUGGUCAUCAGGUUACGGUACUUCUUGCUCAAGUUGAUGAUGCUCUUCUCAUCGAAAAUGCAACUGAUUUUGCGGUUCUUCGGAAGAAAGUUGGAGUGCCCCGUGGACAUUUGAGACAAGUUUUAUGGAGUAAUCCUGGUCCAUAUGAAGAUAGUUCACCAUUGAAUCCACGUAUAUUCUACAAACUUUUGAAAGUUUCUGGAACUUUUGUAACUGCCUGUCAAAACAUGGCAUUUGAUCAUCUUUUUCUGAGCAGUCUACAACAACAAAAGUUUGAUGUUGGUUUGGUAGAACAGUAUGAUUCUUGCGGAUUUGGAAUUUUCAAAUCAAUUGGAAUCGAGAAUACGGUUUGGUUGUCUGCGACUGCAAUUUAUCGACCACAGGCUGAAGCUUUGGGAGUACAUUUGCCAUACAGUUAUGUUCCAGAACUAUUCGCCCACUUCAGUGAUAAAAUGAGUUUCUUUCAAAAGGUGAUAAAUAUAUUGAUUGGUCAAGCCACAUCAUUUGUGCUGGACGUUUUUGUUCAAGGGUUUCAGUCAAGAAUAUUUGGAUUCGAGCAGGGACUUGGAGCAAUUUCUCAAGAAACUUCAUCAGUUCUUAUAAAUUCUGUUCCAUUUUUCGACUACAGUAUGCCUGUUAGCCAUCAAUUCUCAAAUAUUGGAGGGAUUACUGUAGAUAAGAGAGACAAGAAAUUGGAUCCAUACUGGCAAUCAAUUGCUGAUUCAGCUGAAAAUGGAUUCGUUCUUGUAAGCUUUGGUGGAAUUGCAAGAACAGUCGAUAUGACAGAAUCAAUGCAAAGAAUCUUCUAUGAUAGUUUCGCCAGAUUUUCUCAUAUCACAUUCAUAGUUAAAUAUGAAACUUCAUCAAAUUCAACUAUUUCAGUGCCAGACAAUGUAAUACUGACGCCAUGGAUACCACAAUUACCAUUAAUGGCUCAUAAAAACUAUAAAACAAUUAUAACUCAUGGUGGAUGGAGUAGUAUUUUAGAGACAACAAUGCAUUCGAAACCAAUGAUUUUAAUGCCAUUAUUUGCUGAUCAUGCGAAGAAUUCAAAAGUUGCAGAAUCUAAAGGAGUUGCUGUUUUAUUGGAUAAAAUGAGAUUGAGUCGACGAAGAGUUGUCCAUGCAAUUUACACGAUUUUGACCAAUCCAAAAUAUACCCAAAAUUGCGAAAAAUUCUCCCGAAUGUUUUCUGAUACUCCAAUUCCACACGAAGAACUUAUUGAAUGGAGGAUUCGACAAGCAGCUAAGCCAUCAAGAAAAGCUUUUGCAAAACAUCUUCGACCCAAAGAGCCCGAUUUUUCAUAUUUAAAACUUGGUUUUCUCAUUAUUCCAGCCAUGAUACUCUACGCAAAACAUGGAUUUUCAAUAUGGACAUAAUAGAAUGAAAUUUUUUAAUUUUA